AUGAACUCAAGAACAGGGCGUACAAUAUCUACGGUUACUGAGGAAGUUAUUAAACAAAGGAAACUUGACUCCCGAAACGAAGAAGGUUUGGUCUUAAAUGCAAUGAUAUAUCUUCUUGCUCAAGAAGGGUUUUCAGUGAAUGUACUUAAAACGAAAAAAACAACAAAUACAAAUAAAAUGUUAAUUCCAGAACAGAUCAUUGACAAAGAUGGUAAAGUGUUUUCACAAGAUGGUAUUCGAUACUUAAGUAAUUUAUUAUUAACUGACCUUGGAUACACUCCAAUUACUUUAAAAGCGACUUCUCCAAAACAACUGAAACGAAACAAAGAGUCUCAAGUUAGUAAUGGAAUAUUAUAUAUUCUUGAAAAUUGUGGAUUUUCAUUUGAAGAAAAAAAGACCAAAAAGGCAAAUGUAACAGAACGACUUGUAAGAAUCAACCAGAUAGCAAAAAAUGAGUUAAUUUACAACAAAGAAGACUUAUUUGAGUUUGGUCGAUGUAUCGAGAAAAUCAUGUCUGAAGUCUCUGAAGUUACCAAAAGUGUUAUAUUUACACGGGAAUUGAUUAGUUCUUAUUCUCCGGUGUUUCAAAAGAAUCAAAAAAAUUGGUUUGUGACUGGAUCCCUCCAAGACUCUGAGAGAGACGAAGUCGAUGGUUUUUAUCAAGCAAAUUACUAUUAA